AGCCUAAAUUCGAACCAAGGACGACAUUGACCCCUCUUGCACUGAGAUGCAGUGCCUUAGACCGCUGUGCCACUCGGGAGCCCUUUUCAUGUAGUCCACGAUCAUCUCCUUUGUCUUGAUCACGUUGAGCGCGAACUAAUAGAAUUUUAGCAACCAGGAAAUGCCGGAGCGGUUACUACAUAGUACGUUUUUAAAGUAAAGGUUAAGGUUAGGGUUUAGGAUAGGGACAUCCCUAGUAUCCAGGAUAGCGCCUACAGAACAUCUUUGCUAGAGGCUCGUUUACUUUUACGCGCAUGCGCCAUUCUCUGACUAAACGAAGAAACGAAGAUGGCGUCAGCUCCUGAUUACAGUUCCUACAACCAGGCCAGUGCCCAGCAGGGGUAUGGAUCCUAUGCUGCUCAGCCCUCACAGGCCUAUGGACAAUCUGCCCAGGGUUAUAGCCAGCAAGCAUAUGGGUCCUAUGCCCAACCAGCUGCAGCUGAGACCGGUUACCCUCAGGCAGCACCCUCUGCUGGUGGCUAUACACAGCAGCAGUAUGGUUCCUCCUAUGGGCAACCAGCAUCAGCUGGGUACCCUGCUGCCCAGCCCAGUGCCCAUGCAUACUCCCAGCCCGCCGCGGGCUAUGGAGCCAGUGGAUAUGAGAGCGCUGCUGCUGCUGCCCCUGCUGCCUCUCAGCCAACCUAUGCAUCCCAGCCAGGCUAUGCAGCCCAGUCUGCCUACGCUGGCUACAGUCAGCAGCCUGCCUCUACUGCACCUCAGAGUGCCAGCAGCCAGCCCGCUGGCUACAGCCAGAGCAGCUACUCUCAGCCAGGGGGAUAUGCUGCACCGCAGAGUGGGUACCAGGCCCAGCAGGGAGGCUAUGGGCAGCAGCAGAGUGGAUACCAGCAGCAGCAGCCCCCACCGCAGCAACAGGCUCCUGCUGCGGGCUAUCCCCCUCAGGCCUCGGGCUCCUAUGGGCAGCCUGCAGCCAGCCAGUAUGGACAACAGAGCGGACCUCAAAGUGGUUACAACCAGUCAAGCCAUUAUAAUAACUACGGGCAGGAGGGCAGAGGCAGCUCUGGCUACUCUGGCUCUGAGCCUGCUGGGUUCCCAGGGUCAGGGGAGAGCCGUGGGCCUCCCAGGGAUGGCUAUGACAGGGGCGGCAUGAUGCACGGUGGCCGGGGCCGUGGGGGCAUGGGCCGUGGAGGCAUGGGCGUCGCCGGAGACAGAGGUGGCUUCAAUAAGCCUGGUGGACCCAUGAACAACGGGGCAGAGCGUGACAUGGGGCGCCCUGAGGAGCAGGAUGACUCUGAGAACAGCACCAUCUACAUCACAGGACUCACGGAAAGCGCAACUCUGGAGGAGAUGGCUGUUUUCUUCAAACACCCUGGACCUAUAAGGAUGAACCGGAGGUUGGGCAAGCCUGCCAUCAACAUCUACACAGACAAUGAUUCAGGGAAGCCUAAGGGAGACGCCACUCUGUCCUACGAGGAGCCCCUCUGUGCCAAAGCUGCUGUGGAGUACUUCGAUGGGAAAGAGUACCAGGGAAAGAGGCUGAAGGUGUCCAUGGCUCGCCGUAAGCCCAUGAUGGGUGGGAUGAGAGGGGGCAUGCCCAUGAGGGGUGACAUGAUGGGCCGUGGAGGACCUGGAGGCAUGAUGGGCCGUGGAGGGGAGCGUGGAGGUUUUGUCCCACGAGGAGGACCACGUGGCAUGGGCAGAGGUGGACCAGGGGGCCCGGGUGGCAACAUACAGCAGAGAGCUGGAGACUGGGAGUGCCCCAGCCAGGGCUGUGGCAACCAGAACUUUUCCUGGAGGAUGGAGUGUAACCAGUGCAAAGCUCCCAAACCAGAGGGCUUUGGGCCCCCUUCAGGUGGUGAGCGAGGCAGGGGUGGCAUGGGGAUGCGUGGGGGCAGAGGGAUGGACCGUGGCGGACCAGGAGGGCCCGGUGGUCCUGGCGGCUUCCGUGGAGGAUGGGGAGGUGACCGUGGCGGUGGCUUCAGAGGGCGUGGUGGAAUGGACCGAGGGGGAUUCCGAGGGGGUAGCAGGGGAGGACCACCGAUGGACAGAGGAAGGGGAAUGGGGAGAGGAGGAAUGGGCGGGCCCCCAGGCAAGAUGGAUAUGAGGGACCAUCGCCAGGAACGCAGAGACCGACCCUACUAAAAGAAAGCAAUUAAAAUGUUCCAUCUGACGCAGGAUUAGAUUUUUAAAAUGAAAAUUUUAAUUUAUGAUUCCAUAUUAUAAAUGGUUAUAUAACUGCUUUUGAAAUACUCUGCAGUUUCAUUCAACUCCUAGUUAAAUGUUUUGUUUUUAGUUUUGUUUACCCUUGGUUCAGUUAUUGACUUGUGCACGUUUAUUUUUGCAUUUCUUAGAUGUACAGACUGAUUUUUUUGGACAGUGUAUUGUAAAACAUGACACGUUUCUUUUUUAAUUGUAAUUGCUUUUCCUUCCCACAGUUGUGUAAUGAACAAUUUUGAAAAUAAAAUUUCCACUCCUAUUUGAUGCUAA